AUGCGUCGCCGACAGGCAAACCUCGUUAUUUUGAAGGAAUGGGAUUGUUAUCUGGAGGCAAUUGCUAAGACAGCUAUAAACAACUGUCCUCAAACUCCACCACUUCCAGCGGUGACAAACGCCAUAAAUUACGCCGUCUUCGGACCAGGAACACUGCCAUCGACUUUUAUCAACUCCAUUGAAGCGGCUGUGUUGACCUGGACAGGAAUAAGGAGCGAAGUUUGGCCUGUUACAAAUAUCUUCAAUGGAAAUCCAGCUUUGCGCAAUUUUUCUAACCUGAUUCGUUCAACGACAACUGCUGUCGGAUGCGCCAGCACUGUGUGUUCUAAUAGUGUAGCUUCUGCGUGUGUCUUCUCGCAACCAUCGCUAGUAGCAACAGGUCGAGCCAGAAACGGUGAAUAUGCCAAUGAAAACGCACCACCUGCUUCACGAAUGGAUUUGUUGGAGUACGAUUGCACGGCGGAGCAAUAUGCUCUUAACCACGUAAGUUCGUGUGAUAGGCAACAGUCAGCAGCUGCUUCUCGACCUGGCUACCAAGAAAAUAUCCAUAUCCUCGAAACAACUGCAACUGACGCUUUGGGCGCUCUCCAGAAUGCAGUGGCAACGUGGAGCAACGAACUUGCUGCAAAUGGCAUUCCUUCGAACAUGAUUUAUACGCUUCAAGUUAGUCAACGUACCGAUAGAACAGUGACUAGAGUUACUAAGGUUAUCUGGGGAACAAACAGAGAUAUUGGUUGUGCAACUCAAGUAUGCAGUGGAUUUUACUUCACCUCAUGCAUGUACCGAUAUCCAGUGAACGUCAUCGGAUGGAAUAUUUACACCAUUGGUGCGGUGUGCAGUGCCUGCGCAGCCGAUUUGUGGAAUUGCAAUGGAGCUGUUGGACUCUGUUACGGGUAA